CGUCCAAUUUGACAGGACACGGAUUCGCCCUGGGGAAAGAAUACCUAGGCGGCUAGGCCAGGUCUCCGUGUCGGGUCACGGCAAUCCAAAGGCCGCACCUUUCGCCUCGGAGGCGCUAGGGUUUCGUUUCCCCCCAAUUCGGUCCGCGACAGCACGAGGUGAUUUUUCUUUGAAGCUGUGACGUGGGAGAUGCCGCCGAAGUCUAGGAGAGGCGGCGCCGCCGCGGCGAGGAAGGCGCCGGCAACGAGGGGGCGGGUGGGGAGGGCACAGGCUGCUGCGGAGGAGGCGCCGCUCGUGGAGGAGGUGAAGGAGGCGACCGCCGAGGAGGUGAGGGAGGCGCCCGCCGAGGAGAUGAAGGUCUCCGAGGAAGCCCCGAAGAUGGUCGAGGAGCCCAAGCGCCAGCCCUCGGCGCCGCCGCUGUCGCAACAGCCGGCGGUGGAGGAGAAAGGCUCCGAUGCCACAGCUAACGGUGCCAACCACGCGGAAGAUGAGGGAGCUGUGAAAGAAACAUAUGAAGAAGAGGACAAAGGUGAGCGACUAGAGUUUGAGGACGAACCAGAAUACGAAGAGGAGGCUGCUGUGGACUACGAUGAGAAAGAUUUGGAGCACUAUGAAGAGCAAUAUGAGGAUGGUGAUGAAGAGGUGGAGUAUACUGAAGACGUGGUCGAAGUGGAGACUGAUAUGGCUGAUGAGGAACUUGAUGAAGGUGGCUAUGAUGGCGAGGGGGAAGGAUAUGAAAAUGCUGAUGAAGAACAUCAUGUGGAUGUGGAUGACGAAGAGCAUAGUGAAAUGGUCAAAGAGCACCGCAAGCGGAAAGAGUUUGAAGUUUUUGUUGGUGGGCUAGAUAAAGAUGCAACAGAAAAUGACCUUAGGAAGGUUUUUGGUGAAGUUGGUGAUAUAACUGAAGUUCGUCUGAUGAUGAAUCCUGUCACAAAGAAGAACAAAGGCUUUGCCUUCCUGCAAUAUGCAACUGUGGAGCAAGCAAGGCGUGCUGUUUCAGAGCUAAAGAAUCCGCUGGUGCGGGGUAAACAGUGUGGUGUUGCUCCAAGUCAUGAUAAUGAUACACUCUUCGUUGGCAAUAUCUGCAAAACAUGGACAAAAGAACAUUUGAAGGACAAACUGAAGAGUUAUGGAGUUGAGAAUUUUGAUGAUUUACUACUGGUAGAGGAUAGCAACAAUCCAGGAAUGAAUCGUGGCUAUGCUUUGCUCGAGUUUUCUACCCGACCUGAAGCAAUGGAUGCUUUCAGGAUAUUGCAGAAAAGGGAUGUAGUUUUUGGAGUUGAUCGUAGUGCAAAGGUUUCCUUUGCUGAUUCCUACCCCCAAGUUGAUGAUGAAAUAAUGGCACAGGUCAGAACUGUAUUUAUUGAUGGCCUUUCUCCCUCAUGGGAUGAAGACCGAGUUAAGAAAUACCUCAAAAAGUAUGGAGCUAUUGAGAAAGUGGAACUUGCUCGAAAUAUGCCGGCUGCCAAGAGAAAGGAUUUUGGGUUUGUUACCUUUGAUACUCAUGAUAAUGCUGUUGCAUGUGCCGAAGGGAUAAACAAUUCUGAGAUUGGUGAUGGCGAUCACAAGGCAAAAGUAAGAGCUAGAUUGUCACGACCCCUACAGCGGCCUCCUAGAAUGAAGCAUGGGUUAAGAGGAAAUUUUAGAGUUGGGCAUGGUGCGCCCCGAGGUGGCCGUUUACCGUAUGCUCGCCCUCCUCCACCUCGCAGGCCUCCACCACGUCUUGUUCGGCCUGCUGUCAGCCGCUUACCGCCCAUCAGGAGCCAUCCAUUGAAGAGGCCUGUUGAUAUUAGAGAUAGGCGGCCUGUUAUGUCAAUGCCAGAUAGAGCAAGGCGUUUGCCCCCUCCAGAGAGAUCUUAUGACCGGAGGCCUCCAGGUUUGCAGGCUUUAUGUGCAUUUGGUUCAUUUCUGUUACAGUGUAAUGCAUUAUACCUGUUUCUAUUUUCCCACUUUCAUUUGUGGACAGCUCCAGUUUACCCAAAGAGAAGUCCAAGGAGAGAAUAUGUCAGGCGUGACGAGCUUCCUCCUCCAAGGAGCAGAGCUGCACUUGACUACAGUCCAAGAGUUCCAGUUGAUAGACGUCCCUCUUUCAGGGAUGAUUAUUCACCCCGGGGAUCAGGUUAUUCAGACCUAGGUCCACGUAGCGCUCCUCGUCUUUCUGAUAGGCGAGCAUAUCCUGAUGAUAGUUAUGGUGGGAAGUUUGACCGACCUUUACCGGCCUAUAGGGAGAGUCGGGGCCGUGAUUUUGACACCAUUUCUGGAUCAAAGCGUCCAUAUGCCGAUAUGGAUGAUGUGCCUCGGUAUCAAGACAUCACUGUUCGUCAGUCCAAGCCACGGUUGGACUAUGAUGUUGGUGGUAGCAGUGCUCGAUAUGGAGAUACAUAUAGUGAGAGGCCUGGACGAUCACAUGUGGGAUAUAGCGGCAGUCGAUCUAUCUCUGGUCAUGAUUCAGCAUAUGGUAGCAGCCGCCAUGGCGUGAGUUAUGGAGGUUCUGCUAGCGGUGGUGAUGCUAGUGGAAUGUACUCAUCAGGUUACAGUGGUGGCUAUGCGUCUCGUGGAUCUGAUGUUGGUGGGAGUUCAUAUUCAUCACUUUACUCGGGCCGUAAUUUAGGUAGCAGCAGUGGUGGCUACUAUGGGGGUAGCAGUUCCAGUUCAUAUUACUAAGUGCUGGGGGUGGCAAAUGUUUCCACAUGUGUCAAAAGAUGUGGGAAGUCCGGAUCAACAAUGAAUUAAUUUAAUGACACAGAUUUGGCAUCGCAUCGUCUUUGUGGAACAGAUUUGGCAUCGUAGGAGUUGGUGUAGGCCUGCAUUGUAUGGAGCUUCUGAAUUUGAGGCCUACAGAUCUGGAAAAGAAGUGCCAAGUGCUCAAGUCUGGGCAAUAUUUUCAAAUAAGACAUGUUCAAAGAAGCCAGAGACAUCGAGUUGGUUGAAGCAGUAGUCCGGAGGAUGUCUGGCUUGUUUAUGUAAUGUAAGGAUUUGCUUUAUUUGGUCAAGAGUUAUGAACAUAAGGGCCAGCUAUGGUGUUUUAUAAGUGUUUCGACAUGUUUACUUCCAGUGUUUCUAUAACCUUAUUGAGACAGAUAUGGAGUGUACUUUGAGGUAGUUUCUGCAAUUCAAGGUUUUUGGAGAUUCCAUCUUGUGA